CGCACGAGCACCGGCCAUCGACAACAUGGCCAGCACCUUCAACCCGACACAUGCAGAGCUCGCUCUCGUGAACCACAUAUUCGCAAAGGCAGACACCCAGCAGAUCGGCAUCCUCACCGGUGACGUUGCUGUAAAGAUAUUCGGCGGCGCAAAGCUCCAGGCCAGCGUACUCGGAGAAAUAUGGGCCAUUGCAGAUGAAGACAACAAUGGCUUCCUCACAAAGAAGGGUGUCGCCGUCGCAGUUCGUCUCAUGGGCCACGCUCAGAAGGGCGAAAAGGUUUCCACCGCGCUGCUAAGCAGACCCGGCCCACUUGUCAAUAUCGAGGGCUUCCAAGCACCUCUCGCUCCCCAAAGCACCGGAAUGUCGAUACCCAAGUCCCCACCUCCCGGUCUUCCACCUCUCACUCCUCAAGACAAGACCAAGUUCCUCCGGCUAUUCCAGAACUGCGGACCGGUCAACGGUCUCGUAAGUGGUGAGAAAGCUCGUGACGUGUUUGUAAAGUCAAAGUUGCCAGUCGACAAGCUCUCUCAAAUAUGGACGCUGUGUGAUACACAAGAUCGAGGAUUACUCGACUCCACGGACUUUACUAUAGCCAUGUAUCUAAUCCAGGGCACCAUGUCGGGCGCUCUUUCCUUCAUACCUACAACCCUUCCUCCAGGUCUCUACGAACAGGCGGGUGGCCGACAGCACGAUGGCGUGGCCUCGCAUGCCACCGGAAGCUCACUUCACAGCCCCGUCCCGCCCGGCGGCGCGUUCCCGGCCGCCCCGAGGGCUCCGCAGCGGCCUCUCCACCCACAAUCGACCGGGCCCGCCGCCCCGCCUCUUCCGUCGAGACCGCCGGCUGGAAGCAAUUUCGCACCAGCCGUACCUCCGUUCCCCAGCAUACAAACGAACAAUAUGCAAUGGGACGUCACUCCGGCAGAGAAAGCGAGCUCUGAUCAGUUCUUCGACACCCUCGACACUCAGAAACGAGGGUUCAUCGAGGGUGACGUCGCAGUACCCUUUAUGCUCCAGUCCAAGUUGUCAGAAGAUGUUCUGGCACAAGUAUGGGAUCUCGCCGACAUUAACAACGAUGGCCGUUUAACGCGCGACGGUUUUGCCGUCGGGAUGCAUUUAAUACAAGGCAAACUAACGGGCAAGGAGGUGCCUUCCAGCCUUCCGCCUUCGCUCGUUCCGCCAUCAAUGCGUGGUGCCAACGCGGGUGCCAUGUCAUCACCCUUUGGUGCCCCUGCUCCGAAGCCCCAAGAACCGGCCCGCGAUCUGCUCUGGGAUGAUUCACCACCGCCUUCGGCAGGUGUCUCCCAGCCACCCAGUAUCUUGCAGCCGCAGUCGACCGGUACCAUGCUCCAACCGCAAUCGACAGGCUCUAUUUUGCAGCCUCAGUCGACCGGGCAGCGCGGACCGUCUGCUCAGUCGUCGGCGUUCGCCAUGCCCUCGUCGUUUGCUCCACCUCAGCCUCAGCCUCAGCCCCAGCCUCAGCUUCAACUGCAGGCGCCAGCUACUGAUCCCUUCGGUAGCUCCUCGUUCGGCAACGACUUGCUUGGCGACGAUGACGACGUGCAGCCUUCGCAGCAGCCCGUUCAAGAGAAGGCCGCGGAAAUCGGCAACGUUCAGAACCAGCUCAACUCGACCAACGCGUCCGCCAAGUCUGCCAAAGCCGCACGUGAGGAGCUUGAGGCGACACUCGCUGCCCAGGCCUCGCAGCUUUCUGCCCUCCAGACCCAGCUCACCACGGCCAAAGCCUCGUACGAGACGGAGAUGAACUUGCUGUCGACGCUCCGCGAGCGCCACACUGCACAGACGGAGGAGAUCAACAAGGUCCGCCAAGAGCUGAUCAGCGCGGAGAGCGACCUGAGUGCUAUUCGCGUCGAGAAGACCGAGAUCGAGGGCGCGUUCCUCCGCGACAAGGAGGAGGUCCGGGACCUCAACCGUCGUAUGACGGAGACGACCGCUGGGAUCGCGCAGAUCAAGGGCGAGGUCGAGAAGGCAAAGAAGAACGCCAAGCAGCAGAAGGGCUUGCUCGCUAUCGCGCGCAAGCAGCUCGCGACGAAGGAGACUGAGAAAGUCAAGGCGGAUGCUGAGCUUAGAGAGGCUGAGGCUGAGGUUGUCGCUGCUACCAAAGAACGCGAGGAGGCUGAGGCUGAGGCACAGAAGGUCGUUGCCGGCGGUGCUGCCUCGGUCGCGGCUGCCGACACGUCCAUUGAUGGCAUGAGCAUCGGGCGUUCCAAGUCUCCUGUGGAUUCGCUAAGCAUGGCGGUCUCGCAGCCGCUCCCGCUCUCCCCUGACGUGACCGGCGGAGUACCCACGAGCCCUUCAGCGUCUCUGAAGAGUAACAACCCGUUCGAGAGGCUCGCUAUGACCUCUGGCUUGUCGACGCCCCGCCCUCAGUCGCCCUUUAUGCCAUUUGCGAACGCUUCCGUCCCUACGCCAACGGUUCAGCCAACGCCCGCUAAGCCUGAGGCUGAAUCGGAGGACGACCCGUUCGGCCUGUCCUCGAGCUUCUCCGCUGAGGAGCCCAAGGUAGACGACAAAGUCCCGGAGCCCAAGACACCCCAGAUGCCGGGUGGCAUGUUCGGGGACGACAGCGACAUAGUAGCUUCGCCGACGACCGACAGCUUCAUGACGCCGGGCACGAGCCCCGCUCAGCCCAAGCCUUCUACGAUGGAUCAGGCGGCGUCGCAGUUCCCAGCGCUCGAAGAGAUGUCAACAAUGGCCCUGACGCCCAAGGCCGAGGAGCACGAGACCGAUCUGAAUGCACACCUGAAAGAGCUCGAUGUAGAUGAAUCAGACUCUGACAGUGACAGCGACGACGACGACAAGCCUCUUUCGACUCCCAAGGCCCCCGAGUCGGAGGCUGCGAAGGCCGCUGCCGCUGCCGAGCCGGCUCCGACUGUGACACCUAGCAGCGCGUUCUCUUUCGAAGACGCGUUCGGUGCCGGCGAGGCAGUUCAGCCGGCCGCUCAGCCGCAAGCCGAGGAGGCGCAGAAGGCUGUACCCUUGGCUGCCAAGCCGGCGGCGGAUGUGUUUGGUGCGCCUGCUGAGAAGCCGGCCGCGGCUGACGACUGGAUGAGCAUGGCCAACGGACCCAGCGGUGGGGCAGAGCAGCAGAGGAAAGGUAGUGCGUUGGAGAACUUCGACGAGGCGUUUGGCAAGAUGCCUAGUACGGGGCAUGACUCCAACGACUCGUCCAAGUUUACGUUUGAUUCUACCUUUGACGACAACUUUGACUUUGCGUCCGCGUCGGCAACAUCCGCUGCGGCUCCAGGCGCGGCAUCGGCUUUCCCCCCGCCGCCUGCCGCUCAGCAUGCGAAUGGCCACGCAUUAUUUGGUGACAAGGCCAGCAUGCCGGCUGGCGCUGGUCAGCCAGCAGCCAACGGGCAGGCUCAACAGGGCCCGGGCCUCCAGAACCAGACAUCGAUUUCGUUCGACGACGCGUUCAUGGUCGGGUCCCCGUCUGCUUCCGCCCCCGCGCCGUCGGCGCAAGCCGUCAAGCAGGACGCGCCUGCGAUCUCGUUUGACGACGUGUUCGGAGGGGACGGUGCCAACGCUCUCAAGCUCGACAACUCGUUUGCAUCGCCGACGAUCCCAAGCUCCAACCCCACCCCCACCUUCAAUGCCAACGGGGGCGCUCCAACGACGAACGUCUUCGCUCCUCCGCCUGGGUCGCCGCCGGCUUCAUCUGAUGGCGCGAGGGCAUUCCCAGGCGCGUUGACUCCUCCGACAUCACCCCGAGCGUCCUCGUCUCGGAGCAGUGGGCCUGAGAGAGCCGCGUCGCCACCUCCACGGGUGGGAUCGCCGAGGAUUCAGCGACCUUCGACGUCGUCGUCCCAGAAGGACGGCAAGGAGCACGACCACCCGCGGGAGAAGCCUGCCCCGCCUCCACGGCACUCGAAGCUGAGCAUCCGGCUGCCAUUUGGGAAGAAGAAGAAGCAGGACGCUGCAGCUGCAGCAUCAGCUGCACCGCCCAUGCCACCAUCCAGCCUUGGGCACCAGCUGGCCCCCUUGGAGGAGCCAUCGAAUGUCACGCCGGCAGUGGAAGAUGACGUCGAGCCCGUGAAGCAGCUGGCCGCGAUGGGCUUCUCACGAAACCAGGCUGUCGCCGCGCUCGAGGCACACGACUAUGACGUCCAGCGGGCCCUAAAUACCCUCCUCGGCGCCCAGUAGGCUGGCUGGGUGACUUGUGGUAGCUGGCCAGUCGCUCAUAUUCACCAUCCACCGACACAUUAAUCUCCCGUUAAUCUGGCUGUGCAGUCCAUCUAUUACCAUUCGUAUUCCUGUUCGAUCUGGCACAAGGCAAACGUGCACAAUACGCUACGCUCGCCCCGGGUCGCGCCCUCACACUCGUUAUACACCGUUUCUUUGUUUUUCGCUUGCCUUCUGCUGACAAGGCCAGCGCUCUAUGUUAUACUGUAUAUGUCCCUUUUGCCUGGAAUACAACGACACGGACACAGCUCGUUUCUUAACUUGCAGGCGCUCAGUUUGUUUUCUCUCGCGCGUCUCCUCUCUCAUACGGUCGCUCGCCUUCUG